AUGUGUUACCGGAUGAAGCAUAAAUUUACAGACCAGAAGGUUGUUGAAAUAGACCAGCACGGCGUAAAGAGCACUGUAAAGUUGCGUAAGAAGGUAUUUGCUCUUAUGGAUCAUAACAUUCCUGAUCUAAUUGGAAAUGGAAGCGGUGAAAUGAAAUCUAAAAUGAAUCGGAAAGAUGCAGUAGAUGAUUUCGACAUCUCCUUGAUGUGUAGGAUAUUUCCAUCAAUUACUUUGGGUAGUCCUCCUCAAGUAACCGACAAAGUUGGGAAAACAAAGACAGUUUAUUUGCAUUUAAAGAGAUUUUUCCGUGGCACAAGUUUUACUUUUAAAGGUUUCCUAAAUAGUAUUGCGAACAAGUAUCAAGUGAGAGACAUAGCAUGUGUGAGUGGCAAGGUUAAGACUAUGCCUGCUAAAGGUCACUACGAGAUAAGAGAAUUUAAUAUUGAUGUGCUUGAAGAUGGGAAAGAUUUAUCCCUUUGCGCAAAAGAGAGGCCAUAUUGUAUCUACCCUUCAAAAGGGGGUUUGAACCCAACAUUCCUUCGGGACAUCAUUGCAAGAGCUUUACAUGCCUUGCCAGUCAUUGUUGAUCCAAUUCCUAAAGACAUUAGAGAGGAAUUUGGACUCUUAAGUCUUCAUGAUGCAUAUUUUGGAAUUCACAAACCAAAGGAUAUUAGUGAAGCUGAUCUGGCCCGCAAGAGACUGAUAUUUGAUGAAUUUUUUUACCUGCAGUUAGGACAAUUAUUCCAAAUGCUCGAAGGUCUUGGUACACAAGUAGAAAAGGUUGGGUUGCUAGAUAAGUAUAGAAGACCAGAAAAUAACACUGCAAAGGAAUGGUCCUGUCUCACCAAGAAGGUUUUGGAGCUCCUUCCCUAUCCUCUUACUUCCGGUCAACUGCAAGCUGUUUCAGAAAUUAUUUGGGAUUUAAAAAGGCCGGUUCCAAUGAGUCGGCUACUUCAGGGUGAUGUUGGAUGUGGGAAAACUAUUGUUGCUUUUCUUGCAUGCAUGGAAGUUAUUGGCUCUGGCUACCAGGCGGCUUUCAUGGUUCCAUCUGAGUUGGUUACAAUCCAGCAUUAUGAACACUUGCUUGCGUUGCUUGAAAACUCGGACGAGGUCAAGUUCAAGCCAACUGUUGCUUUACUCACUGGUUCAAUCCCAAUAAAACAAUCGCGGCUUAUUCGCAAGGGUAUCCAGACCGGAGAAAUUUCAAUCGUCAUUGGAACCCACAGUUUGUUUGCAGAUAGCGUUGAAUUCUCAGCCUUACGUAUUGCUGUGGUGGAUGAGCAGCAUCGCUUUGGUGUGAUUCAAAGAGGAAGAUUUAACAGUAAGUUAUUUUAUAAAUCUUCAAUUUCGAGUCUGGAGGAUGCUAUUACAGACAAGUCCUCAAAGACUGAUGAUUAUAUGGCUCCACAUGUUCUUGUCAUGUCUGCUACUCCUAUCCCAAGGACCCUUGCGCUUGCUUUAUAUGGUGAUAUGUCACUGACACAGAUAACCGACUUACCACAAGGAAGGAUUCCUGUUCAAACAUAUGCCAUUGAGGGAAGUGACAAAGGAUUUGAGGAUGCCUACAAGAUGAUGAUGGAUGAAUUGGAAGAUGGGGGGAAAAUUUAUCUUGUCUACCCAAUUAUCGAACUUUCGGAGCAGUUACCUCAGCUUCGUGCUGCUUCUGCAGAUCUCGAAGUUAUCUCAGACCGGUUUCCAGGAUACAAUUGUGGUUUAUUACAUGGGAGAAUGAGAAGUGAAGAAAAAGAAGAAACGUUAGGGAAGUUUAGGACUGGAGAAUUGAAUAUACUACUUGCCACUCAAGUAAUUGAAGUUGGUGUUGAUGUUCCAGAUGCAUCGAUGAUGGUUGUGAUGAAUUCUGAGAGGUUUGGAAUGGCCCAAUUACACCAACUCAGGGGCCAAGUUGGACACGGAACAAGGCAGUCAAAAUGUAUAUUAAUAUCAUCAACUGCCAGUGGCCUUAAUCGUUUGAAAGUACUGGAGCAAUCAUCAGAUGGGUUUCAUCUUGCUAAUAUGGACCUAUUAUUACGUGGACCUGGUGACUUGCUUGGCAAGAAACAAUCUGGACAUCUUCCCGAGUUUCCUAUUACCAGAUUGGAAGUCGACGGCAAUAUUUUACAAGACGCAGAUGUUGCUGCACUGAAAAUCUUAAGUGCUUCCCAUGAUCUAGAGCAAUUUCCUGCACUUAAACUGGAGUGCAUGAGACAGCCACUUUGCCUGCUAGGUGAUUGAUCAAGUCUUGAUGUGAUCUUCAAGAGUUAACACUUAACACACUGUUCAUUGUGAUAAUUUUGUAAUGUAAAUAGUUUGACAGGCUCUUCUUGGUUAUGUAGACAUGAUUUAGCCUUUAGGCUGAUGUUUAUAAGUUGAAAGACCAUUGUUAUCUUUGUAUCCUAUUUUGACUGUGAUUCUUCUUCCUUGUAAUCAUUGGUAGCAGUGGCAGUCUGAGCAUGUUCUCGAGAUUCGAUCAAACAAGGCCAUCUUUUUUGGAUGGCACCUUUUUUUUA